CCGGGUUCAAUUUUUGUUCUUUUAUAAACACCCGGAUUCCAGAUCAAAAACCCUAAACCUAAAUUCCUCCCAAAAGUCUCCAUCCUCGCUCACCCCUGUGACUAGAGAAGCAACCACAUUCGCAAAUGGGUAAGGUUCACGGAUCAUUGGCACGUGCCGGGAAGGUGAGAGGGCAGACCCCAAAGGUGGCCAAACAAGACAAGAAGAAGAAGCCUAGGGGUCGCGCCUAUAAGCGGAUGCAGUACAAUCGCCGUUUCGUCACCGCCGUUGUUGGCUUUGGGAAGAAGCGUGGACCCAACUCUUCAGAGAAGUGAGGUUGGACUUGUUGGAGUCCUGCAUUGUAGGAUGUGUGAGAGUUUGAUGGGAACAUUAUUUUGAAAUUUUUAUAGCUUCAUUAGCAUUAUAUUGUUCUGACUUAAUUUGAAGCCUUUUUUUGGUUAAGGAAACUGAAUACUGCUAUUUGUUGAUUUCAAAUAUUACCUAGAGCCUUGAUUUCCCUUCCUUUA